GUCCUCUACAUGCAAUAUUUGCAGUUUUGCGGAUUAAACAAACUCGAUCGAGCUUGCAUUUGAUUCUUCUGCACAUGAAUGUAAGAGUGUGUGCCGAUGCACGUUGCCAAAAAGCAAAAUUCUGAGGUCUUGAAUGACUUUGAUUCAUAUCAGCUGCAGAGGAAUGGAAGUCUGAGCUGGACUUUGAGCUGGAGGCCUCGAUCGUCACUGCCAAGAAAUCUGGGGAGUUGGUCAAUAUUUAUAUCUACAUGUCAUUGAAAGGGCGUCUUCUCGUGCUCCCAAUACACACAUCAAUUGACCUGCAUUGUUGCUCUGUAUCUACCUGUUCACACGUAUUCUGCACGAUUGUCAGACUUCCGUUGUGGCAUCCGAGACGCCCGUCACAAAGCCCUAAUCAUGUCUGGCCACCCAACCAUUAGCCAUGCAACCCGCGAAGAUGUACCACACAUCCUAAGCCUCAUCCGCGAACUCGCCGACUACGAAAAGGCCCUCUCAUCCUGCCAUGCAACCGAAGAGUCUCUAGCCUCGACACUCUGCUUUGCCCCUGCUCAAGGCCAACCGCCAUCCGGAUCCGGAUACGCCAAAGUCCUUUUGAUCCGCACACCCAGCAAUGAAGUCGCCGGUAUGGGACUGUAUUUCAACAACUAUUCAACAUGGUGGGCAGCACCCGGCAUAUACCUUGAAGAUUUAUUCAUACGCCCUGAACACCGCAAUAAAGGAUAUGGCAAGCUGCUUCUUGGAGCACUGGCGAAAGAGGUCAAGAGAAUUGGAGGCAAGAGACUCGAGUGGUGCUGCUUGAAGUGGAACAAGCCUUCGUUGGAGUUCUACAAGAGACUAGGGGCCGAGCAGAUGGAAGACUGGGUUACACUAAGAGCGGAUGGCGAAGCCUUAGACAAGUUGGCUGGUUCUGCUGAGAAGGCAGCCAACGUCCAGGUUGAUGGUAAAUGAGAGAUCGCGUCUUGGACGGUGUUCAAUAGUCAGUACUAGAAGCUUAGA